GGAGACGUUGGCGGCAGAGGCGGAGGCGGACUGGGUCAGCCCAAGGCGGAGGCUGGACCAUGAACUUGCCCGGGACAGCGGGGGCGACGGACCUUUUGGUCAUCUCGUCGCAGCGUGUCCCCUGCUAACGAGGACAGAUUUUAACAUUAUGGCAGGAAGGCAUCAGAAUCGUAGUUUUCCUCUUCCAGGAGUUCAGUCAAGUGGUCAAGUACAUGCAUUUGGAAAUUGUUCAGACAGUGAUAUGUUGGAGGAGGAUGCUGAAGUGUAUGAGCUUCGAUCCAGAGGAAAAGAGAAGGUCCGAAGAAGUACAUCAAGAGAUAGACUUGAUGACAUUAUAGUACUAACAAAAGAUAUACAAGAAGGAGAUACACUAAAUGCAAUAGCCCUGCAGUACUGUUGUACGUGUUCCAUUUCUUAAUGAAUGUCAUCAUCCCUCAAGUUGACCAAACCAGAAAUCUAAGCUUCAUACUAGACCCACUUUAUCUCUCUGACAUCAAUCAGGUAGCAGAUAUCAAGAGAGUUAACAAUCUCAUCAGUGAUCAAGACUUUUUUGCCCUUAGGUCUAUCAAAAUUCCAGUAAAAAAGUUCAGUUCCUUGACCGAAACACUUUGUCCUCCAAAAGGAAGACAGACUUCACGUCAUUCAUCUGUUCAAUACUCUUCCGAACAACAGGAAAUUUUGCCAGCUAAUGAUUCUCUUGCUUACAGUGACUCAGCUGGUAGCUUUUUAAAAGAAGUAGACCGAGACAUAGAACAAAUAGUAAAGUGUACAGACAAUAAGAGAGAGAACCUCAAUGAGGUAGUAUCGGCCUUAACAGCACAACAAAUACAUUUUGAACCUGAUAACAAAAACACUCAACGUAAAGAUCCCUAUUAUGGAGCAGACUGGGGAAUAGGGUGGUGGACAGCUGUCGUGAUAAUGUUGAUAGUAGGUAUAAUAACACCAGUGUUUUAUUUGUUGUAUUAUGAAAUUUUAGCUAAGGUGGAUGUUAGUCAUCAUUCAACAGUGGACUCUUCACAUUUACAUUCAAAAAUCACACCCCCAUCACAGCAGAGAGAAAUGGAAAAUGGAAUUGUGCCAACUAAAGGAAUACAUUUCGGCCAACAAGAUGAUAAUAAACUGUAUAGUCAAGAUUCUCAGUCACCUGCUGCUCAACACGAAACAUAGCAAUUAGUUCGUAAUCAAACGUUAGUAGUCACAUGUGCAUCUGGAAUGUGGUGAAUCAGUUAUAUCCAAUAAUCACUUCAAAGGCAGAAUUUAGAGAGAUUGAGAUGCUUUUGUUUUUAACAAAAGGAUUUCACACUUUGAACAUUUUUUGAGCAACUAGUUGAUGUUGAGAGCAGUUGAUCCAUAAAUCUGGUGUGUCAAUGUUUCAAGCAGAAAUUAAUUUAAACCUGUGUUUAGGAAGUUCUUAACUUGGAAGAUGUAUCAUUUUUCUUAAGAUGUAUGUUAAAAUUUUUUUUUUAGGUAAUUUUUAAGAAGUUUAUUAAUGUUAAAUUUAUGAUGCAGAAUGAUAGCAUCAGUUAUCUGCAGCUGAAAAAAAUUUACUACUAUGAACCCCUAAAAUAUUCAGUUGCAAGAAAGUUUGAUUCUAAAAUUAUUCAUGGUAGCAUAUGUAACACACCACUUCAAAACCUUUAAAAAUUACAUUUAGCACAUGUACUAUGAAAGCAUACAUACAAAGAGAAAGGUGAAAGUGAUUUAUAAUUCCUACAACAGAGGCCAAGAAAUAGAUUAAAAUAUUUUCAAGACCCCAAAAUAAUGUAUUAUGGUUGGGAAGUCAGUAGAACACUGGAAUAGGUGAAGACCUGACAGUAAUUUUUGUCUUAAGAAUGCUUUCUUUAGGACAGACCCUUUAACCUCACCUCUGUGCAUCUGUUUUUAAAAUGAUUAUAUUUGUCUCUGAUAUUUGAAAGCACUUUUGUAGUUUUGAUGAUGAAAAAUAUGUUAAACAUGUACAUAUUACCAUUAUUUAAGAAAUAAUUCCUUAUAUACUGUGAUAAAUCAUUGCUGUUACAUACAGUAACAUGCCUUAAUUAUAUUUAAUGCCUUACUGCUUUAUGUAAGUAAAUCCAAGUUUCAGAAUUAAAAUUAAGCAUUAUUUCAGAUGGUCCAGUCAGAUGCGUUACAUAGGCUAUAUAAAUUUGUCUCCAUUUUCACCAUCAAGCACAAAUAAUUGGGUCAAAACUGUCUGAGGUCUGUUGAAGAAAACGGUUCAUUAGGCAAAAAUGAGUAGAGGUCUUUUAUAUUAACUGUAACAGACAAAUUAGUAAUCCCUUAACCUCUGUUUUCAAAGAGAAAAUACCCAAUUUAGACUUUUUUCCUGAACUAUACAUGUAGCAUCAAAUUGGGAAACAAAGGCCAAAGGUGUAUAGAUUGCUUGAAAAGGGCGUGAUAGUGCCUCUUUUUAAGAUCUGUUGAGUCGGCUAUAGUCUGGCUAAGGAAGAAGCGUUUGCAUACUGAUUCCAUCAUUUAAUCUUUAAAAGUAUGUGUUCUAAAAAUGUAACCAGAAUGAUUCUUCAAUAGAAAUGAGAUUUGGUGGAGUCUGGAUUGCCUGUUUUGUAUAUAAUAUAUACUUAAGAUAUAUAAUACCACCUCAUUUUCUGGGCAUUAUUUCCUAAUUGUUGAUGUUUUAGGCUUUUGAUAAGUCAUUUUAUAUAUUUCAAAUUUCAGUCGGAAUAAGUAAAUAUUUAUGGCAAGUGGAGUUUUAUGUACUUUCAGAAGACCAUCAGGAAAAGACAGGACAAAGAAGUCAAACAUUAAAGCCUUUGCAAAUAUUAGAGGACCUUAGACAAUUACCAACAAGUGUUUAAUAGGGAAGUUACAAAUUGGUUCUCUUAGCAAAUUAAACAUUUAAAAAAUAGUUUUAAUGUGCCUUGGGCAUCUUGAAAAGAAAAGUGUGAUAUAAUUUAUGCUCAGUGUUAACUGGUCAGUUUACAUUGUAUUUAUUAAGCCUGCUGAAAAAUGAGGUUUUAAGGAAGAAAAUGCAGAUUAUUUUAGGGUAAACAGGCCAGGUGUCCUUUGAAGAACUUUGUUUACAUCAAAUUGAUGAAAUUACAGUCAGUGAUUCCUUACCUUUUUGCUAGUUGUACUUUGAAAUUGUUAUGGGUUCGAUUUCCAAAAUAUGUUACUUAUUUUUAAAGGAAUAAGGUGUGCUGUGUAUUUGUUGAUUAAAAACCAUUUGUCUUGCAGAGUAUCCUUUUUUGAAGGAAAUAUACAUCCUUAUAACACAUCAGGUAGUUUUCUUUUUUCUAUAUUUAAAUUAUAUAUUUUUGAAUUAAUUGAAUAUAAUUUGAGUUACAUAUAAUUCUGUAUAAAGGUUACCUAUUGAAUUACAGUUCUUAUCCGUGUAGAAAAGAAUUUUCUAAGCAUUUAAAACAUUUGGAAUAAUUUUAGUUUCUAAAAAGUACUAAUGUAAGUUAAGUUUGUAUCAAAUGCAAAUUACCUUGUAUAACUAAUUAACAAGCACAGUUAUUGUUUAACAUUGUGAUUUUAAUUGUGUUGACACCCUUAUUUGAAUCUGCUGCUUUACGUGUGGCCUGUGUGUGUGUCUGCAUGUGUGCACGCAUGCACUUGUAUGCAAUGUAAAAGUAACAGCAGAAUUACUGCAUUUGGUUCACUUAAAAUUUUGGAGUUAGCAAGUAAAGAAAAAGCUGAUAGUUUUAUGAAGUCUGGGUUAAAAUAAAAUUGCUAUCCCACUCCUAGGAAGUUAUGGGGUUCCUGUUUUCAAAAGGUAUGUUAAAAGUGGUUAUAGACUCUGCUGGCCACAUUAAAAAUUAGAAGACUCAUGUUAAAUUAUCUUCUCCAAAGGACUUUAUUUAUAGCUUUUCUUUUGCUGGACUCUACCUGCUUGGCUCAGUGUCCUGAAGUUUUUUUUUAAAUGAACCACUACUUAGUAAUUAGUUCUUUUUAAUUUAAAGUAUUUACUUCUAAAAUUACCUAGUUGGAAAUAUGAAGGAUACGCUUAGUUUUAGAAAUAUCAUGAAGCAAGGAUCUAGUCAGUGUUACAGGAUAAAAAUGGAGUCUUUUAAAGUCUGUAUUUAAAUGGUGCACUGAUGGGAUUCAUUUUUUAUUUGAAUUACAAAAAUGUUGCUCAGGUAAUCAGUAUUUUCUUCCACGUAUGUGCAUAUUGCACUGUUAGAUCAUAGAAAUAUCUGAAUGCUUUAAUUUUUAUGUAUGCAAAAUCUAUAAAUCUUUUGUAUAAUGUAUUUUAUACAAAUGUAACUAGAACAUUAUGUUAGCAUGUACAUCUGUAAAAUGUUUUUAAAAUUUUUUGCCCCUUAUUUUUCAUAUUUUGAAAGAUCUGUAACAUGUAAUAAAGUUUCUAUUAUUCAAUCUAAAA